UCUCACGGAACACCGGUCUGGAAGUGUUUGCGUUUCAAGCCUCGGUUGGAUGAGACAUUUGAGUCUGCAGUUAUGGCGGGAGAAAUAGCUGGUUUUGGAGUUAUGAGGGCGGUGGUGACCGUGCUGCUCCUGGCUCCAGCGAUAUGUGCUGCCGCAGCAGGGACACCAGUACAUGUGAUCCAGCUUGUAGAAGGAAGAUCUGUCAUCUACGAUACAUCACAGAAUUUCUGCUAUAAAAAAACAUCAGAUCCAAAGUGGUCCGAAGUGUGGACCAAAGUGCAGAUUCGGGUAAAAAGCACCAAAAUGAUCAGAGUGACGCAGGUGGACAGUGAGGAGAAGCUGAAGGAAUUGGAGGCCUUUAGUGUGUUUGAUCUCUUCUCCUUCUUUAGGGAGAAAUUAAAUGAUACCUACAUAAAUGUGGACCUCCAGAGCAACAAAACUUGCAUUAAAGUGCAUGUAAAUGAGGCAGAUACACGUUAUAGUGUUGUCCUUUCUAAAGGCUUUGAUCCCAAGCUCUUUGCCGCCUUCUUCAUCGGUCUCCUCUUGUUUUUUUAUGGAGACUCUCUCAGUCGAAGUCAACUUUUUUACUAUGGCACAGGAAUGAGUGUGGGAAUGGUGGCUUCAAUACUGAUACUUGUGUUCAUGCUCUCCAGGCUGCUGCCUAAGAAAAGCCCUUUCUAUGUGUUACUGGUCGGAGGUUGGUCCUUCUCACUGUAUAUCAUCCAGCUGGUGUUUAAAAACUUCCAGGAAAUCUCCAAAGAGUAUUGGCAGUAUCUACUAGGCUAUUUGGGCAUCGUGGGCUUUGUAAGCUUUGCAGUUUGCUAUAAAUAUGGCCCUUUGGAGAAUGAGCGGAGUAUAAACCUGCUGAACUGGACUCUUCAGCUUAUUGGAUUGCUGCUGAUGUACAUUGGCAUACAAGUGCGUAACGUGGCGCUGGUUAUGAUAGUAGUUGCAUUUUGUACCAAGCAGAUUGAGUACCCAGUGCGAUGGGUGCACAGCUUAUACAGGAUCAUUGUUAAAUCCAGAAUGAAACCCGAGCCGCCUCGUCUAUUGACGGAGGAAGAAUUCAGGAAACAGGGGGAAGAGGAAACAAAAAAAGCUUUGGAAGACAUGCGGGAAUACUGCAGUAGCCCAGAUUUUCAAGCUUGGAAGGUGAUUUCACGUAUCCAGUCCCCAAAAAGGUCAGAAUAUUCAAGGACCAUGAUGUCCCUCACUGGAAAGAGAGAAGAGGAAGGGAGAGCAUGGUUCGCUGAUUUUGUGGAAGGUUCAUCUCACUUGGACUCAAAUGAGGUUUCUCUCCACGAACAUGAGUAUGGCAUUGGAGGAUCGUACUUUGAGGAAGAGCUCUUUGACGAUGAAGAUGAGGAUGCAGACAUUGAAGGUGACUGUGACGAGUCCUACUCCAGUUUUCAUCGACCACUGCCUAAUAACAUGGUUAGGUCACCACACCAUUGAGACUUCUAGGAAAAUCCCUAGCUCGUAAGCCAUAAGAUUUAUUUCACACUUGGUCUGUGCUCUUCCUGGCCGCACAGGUAUUUGAGCCAGCUACUUGACAGGGAUCCGGAGCUUUUCUCUCCACAGCCUCAUAAGACGUUUACCAAAAAAAGUACAUCAGUCCUGAUUAUUCCCCAGAAAAUUCAGCACUUUUUACACAGCUAUGCAAUAUCCAACCAACGGAAGAGACUAAAGUGAAGAGGGAGAAGGCAUGUCCCAUCUUAUUUUAACUGUAUAUUGUUGUGUCUUGAACACAGCAGCUCCACUCCAUAUGUUGGUCUGUUUUGUUUACUGCUGUAGGUUUCCUUUUUUGUGU